CCUGUCACUAACCCAACUCCUGCUCCUGUCUGUUUUGUCGCUUUUCCUGGACAGAGAAUUAAUUGAUAUUUCAGCUUCACCAAACAUAUCAACCAGGAACUGAACAUAAACUGCUCAUAUGAAGCAUACAUUUUAAUCGUCAUUGUUUUUAUGACUUCUAGCGUUUUUCCCCAACCGCUGAGCGCGAUGGGGCCAUCAGGGGACGAAAUUAACCCAGAAUAUAAAGAUCUGGUUGCUGACACGCGAGAAGAAUCGGAACAAAAGAUCCACGACGUGCUGUCAAAAUUAAAAGAUCUUCUAGGCAGAAAGUCGUUGGGAGAUCAGAGGGAACUGGAGGCAUGUAAACAGAGUCUUUACUCAUAUGGUGUACUGAAGUACUGCUCAGCUUCCCUGAGAUUGAGUCCAACCAGGAUUGAACAGGGCUAUGCAGUCCAGACACAGAUGGCAGACAUUCUCAGCAUGUGCUGUGUGGGUCUUGGCUCUUUCAGAGGCAUGGAUGUGUUCACUCAAGAAUUUCUGCCAUCCAUGGUCGAAAAUCUUCUUUUUCUUGCAGACCGUCUAAUGAACAGAGCUCUGAGGGACAAGGCACAAAAUGAGAUGAUUCGUUUGUUCAGAAAAGUCUUUGAUUCCAUUGGCUGGCUCCUCAGGGCUCAUAGACAUCUUAUUCAUCAUGUGAUGAGGUCUAAACAUUUUGAGAGUGUCCAAAUGUGUGAAGACGAUGACAUUGCCGUUGUUACUAUAAAAAUGUGGAACGAUAUCUUCAGGGCAAACAGUGCUGUUUUAGCUGAGAUGGGCAACAGAGCUCUCACUGGCAUUACAGAUGAUAUUGUUUAUAAAAUGUCCAGUAGCUCAAAUCCUGUGAUUGGCAGGGCAGCUGUGAAGACACUCAUACUGAUUAUGGACAACAGCAACUCAACCCAUCAGCUCAUUUACAAACGAUACAGAGGUUUGGAUGAUUUGUCUUUGAAAGAUUGGCGUGGUAAAGGCUUUGACGCUGCACUGGAUCAACUUAUUGACCGACUGCAGUCAGAUGUCCCAUGGAGAGACACUGAGCAUGAUCCUAAGGAGUCCUCUGAGGAGAAAGUGAGAGCAGCAUGUGUAAUCCAGGCCACCUGGAGAGCCCAUCAGACCAGAAAAAGACUUAAGAAUCUGCCUAGAGCUGUCAGCACAUUACAACGCAGCUUCAGGGAAAAGCGGAGGCGGCAACAGGAACAUGCUGAGCGACAACAUGCAGAAGAGGAGUUACGUCAUCAAGUGUGUCUGCGAAGACAGAGAGCCAUGAGACAAUUCCGCCAACGCCAGCUUCAUCUGAUGGAGAUACUACCUGCUGCCCAGGUGGAGAGAUACAUGGGGGAGCUGGAGAAGAAGGCAGCUGUGCUGAUUCAGAGAGUGUGGAGAGGACACAGUGAGAGACGAAACUUCCAGCAACACAAAUACAUUCUAAAACAACACAAAGCUGCUGUCACUCUGCAGAGAGCUAUUCUGCGGUUUCUAAAACGUCGUAAAGCGCAAAGGAUUAUUCUAACACCAUUCAAGGGACCCAAAGGACUGACUGACAGUCGGAGGACGGAGCUCAGGAGACAGAUAGAGGAGCACAUCUCUCUACAUCCUUCAUCUGUGAUGUCAGCAGAGGGCAGUAUGGAGCUGCAUCAGAGAGCUCAGAGUCUCCUUCACAAGCACCUGGUCAACAAAGCAUCUGAUCGGGCACAGGAGCAGCACAGACAGGCUCUCCUUGCACAGAUCAACACCGACAUUGAGCUUUUACUAAAUCCCCCAUCCCUGAAGGAUGCCAGAGGGGAAGAUGCGAUCCUUUUCCUGAGCCGUUCUGUCCCUGUGGCUACACGAGCCCGUCAAUCACACACUGCUUUGAUCCAGAGCAUGCGUCUCCCAUGGUGGAGGAUGCUGGGAGAGGAGUUCUCCAGCCCAGAGGACCCUCCCAGGAAAGACUAUGAUAUGGACAUUGAGUCACUGUAUCUGGGCGGUAGCUAAAUUAUGUUGAAAAAUGAACAGAUGUUUACAACAGAUUUUUAUUACACUAGUGGUCAAAAGUGGUCACUGGUAAUAUAGCUCUAAUAUCAGCAUACUUGACAAUGGUACAUUUGAAUUGUUGCAAGUUUUUAUAGGGAUAGUUCACCCAAAACUGAAAAUUCUGUCAUGAUUUACUCACCCUCCUGGUAUCCCAGAUGUGUGACUUUCUUCAGCAGAACACAAAUUAAGACUUUUAAAAGAAUAUUUCAGCUCUGUAGGUCCUCACAAUGGAAGUGAUUGGGUGCCAACAUUUUGAAGCUCCAAAAUCCAUAUAAAUGGAGCAUAAAAGUAAUCCAUAUGACUCCAGUGAUUAAAUCCAAGUGUUCAGACAUGAUAUUAUAGGUUUGAGUGAGAAACAGAUCAAUAUAUAAGUCAGUUUUAUCAUAAAUACUCCUCUUUGCCCAGUAGGGAGGAGAUAUGCACCAAGAAUGUGAAUCACCAAAAACAGAAGAAGAAGAAUGUGAAAGUUAAAGUGAAGAUUGACUGAGCAAAAAAGGACAUUUAACAUUGACCUUUUUCUCACCUAUCAAAUCGUGUCUGAACACUCGGAUUUAACCACUGCAGUCUUAUCGAUUACUUUUAUGUUGCCCUUAUGUGGAUUUUGGAGCUUCAUAAUUUUGGCACCCAUUCACUUGCAUUGUAUGGACCUACAGAACAUCUGGGAUGGCAUGAGUGUGAGAAAAUGAUGAGAAAAUUUUCAUUUUUGGGUGAACUAUUCCUUUAAGGCUUCCAAGAUGAUGUGCUUGGUAAAUCGAAGAGUAAAUGUGAUUGCCUGUAUUUUAUAAAUGCAAUGCAAUAACAGAAAUGAUUAGCUACAUAUUUACUAAAACGUUAAUCCAUGUAAUCUAAACUAAUUUGUAUUCUUUACAUUAAAUUUAAGGACCAACGCGACAAGUCAAGUCCCUGUCUUUUAUUGAUUUUGAGUGUCAGAUAAACUAGCAAUCUAUUUUAAUCACUUGCUCUUAUAUUAUUAAGUGCAGCUGUUUUUGUUGUUUUUAGCCAUUGGAUUUGGUUGUCCACUUUUUUUG